UUCUGUCCAUCUCUUGCACCCAGAAUGCAAGCCCUGCACAGGGCCUCUUACAGAACCCAGCAGACAAUAAAUGUGUGUUGAUGACAGCGGCAGACAUACAGUACCAGCCCCCCUCCCCCAUCCACCUUGGAUAGCCAGGCACGUGUGUUUGGUUCAGUCUCUCUUUCCUUCUGCAGAGGGAAGCCUGGAGCCACAGAUAGAACACCUGAUUAACCGGAUUAAUGAGCUUCAGCAAGCAAAGAAGGAAUCCUGUGAAGAAUUGGGAGAAGCCCAAGCUCUCUGGGAGGCCCUGCGCAGGGAAUUGGACUCUUUGAAUGGAGAGAAAGUGCACCUAGAGGAGGUCUUGAGAAAAAAGCAAGAAGCACUGAGGAUCCUUGAGCUGCACUGCGAAAAGAAGGAGAGUGAGGCACAGCGGUAAGAGGCCCUGCCCAGCUCUUCCGUACCUUACUCCCCAGCUCCAAGGAGCAAGAGCUAGGGAAAAAUAAAUCUUGGACACACAUACCUCAUUUCCCCCUAUUAUAAUAUAGACAAGCUAGACAAAGGACGUCUAUGCGCAUCUCUGAUAGUGGUGGUAAGAUGAACUCAUUUAAUCAUUCCUUGCUGGUUUCUUUAUCAGUUUCAUCCACUGGUGUUAGAUUCUAAGUCUUCCCCUAUUGGUUAUCCAGUUUUGCAAUCCAUUCAUUUGUUUAU